CCACGCAGCGUCGACGCCAUGCACGCCCUCGUUCCACCUUCAGCUCUGGCUCCGUCCUUGUGAUCGACCGCGCGCGGCCGCGUCCUGCACGCUCGCACCUAGCCUAUAGCGCCAAUGGCGUCGACGGGGAAGAAGAUGAACCAGAUCCCUGCGCCGGCCGGCCGCCUCUGGGAGGCCAGCAUCCGCAAGCUCACCACCAUCCGCCGCGGCGCUUCGGCCUUUCCCGCCGCCGUCGCCGGCGUCGACGGCAUGGUUGACCCUGCUGGAACCCUCACCGUCACCUCCUCCAGCACCGUCUACCAGUACAGCGGCAGCGAGGACGCCGACGGUGCAGCCGCCGAGGAGGCUGAGGAGGAGGAGGCGGGGUCCUCGCUCGGGGAGCCCAGCCACUCGGAGCAGCUGCUCGACAGCGGGGACUUUUACCAGGGCGACCUGCGCGGGGACCUCCCGCACGGCACCGGCAAGUUCCUCUGGACGGACGGCAGCAUGUAUGAGGGCGCCUGGCGUUGCGGCCGCGCAGCCGGCCGCGGCAAGUUCUCCUGGCCCUCGGGCGCUACCUACGAGGGCGACCUCGCCGGCGGCUACAUGCACGGCCAGGGCACCUACAUUGGCGAGUUCGGGGACACCUUCGCCGGGCUCUGGGCCAACAACCUCCGCCACGGCCGCGGCACGCAGGCCUACGCCAACGGCGACGUCUACGACGGCCACUGGCGCGACGGCCUGCAGGACGGUCACGGCCGGUACAUCUGGCGCCACGGCCACGAGUACAUCGGCACCUGGAAGGCCGGCGAGAUGCACGGCUGCGGAACCGUGAUCUGGUCAGAAGGCGACCGCUACGACGGCUCCUGGGAGGACGCCAAGCCCAUGGGCCAGGGCACGUUCCGGUGGGCCGACGGCGGCAUGUACAUCGGCACCUGGUGCCAGGAGUCCGGCGUCACGCACGCCAAGGGCGUUUACUACCCGCCGUCUGGAGGCCCCGCGGUGCCCGUGCCCCGGGAGCCCCGCGACGCCAUCACCAAGUUGCUGGAGGAGCUGGAGGUUACCGAGGGAAAGACGGUGUCUCUGCUGCCAUCGCAGAAGAUCCUGACAUGGCCCGGGGUGGAGGCCGUGCUGAAGAAGCCUGUGUGGCGGCCGCCGGAGGUCAGCGCCGACCAAGGGAGGGUGUCGGUGUCGAGCGUGCGCCGGAGAAGCAGCGUGUCGGACCUCGACAGUCUCACAGCGGGGGAGGACGGCGUCGAGGAUGCCAGCACUCGGGCAGACCGGGCAUGGUCGCGGACGCUCUCGUGCAUUCGCGCGCCGCCAAGGCCGGGGAAGAAGCAGGGGGAGACCAUAUCAAAGGGGCACAGGAACUACGAGCUCAUGCUCAACUUGCAGCUCGGCAUCAGGCAUGCUGUGGGAAGGCAAUCAGCGCCGACAUCACUGGAUCUCAAAUCAUCAGCAUUUGAUCCCAAAGAGAAGGUGUGGACAAGGUUUCCUCCCGAAGGAUCCAAGCACACGCCGCCUCACCAAUCGUGUGAUUUCCGGUGGAAGGACUACUGCCCGUUGGUUUUCAGGACAUUGCGCAAGCUCUUCGACGUCGACCCCGCGGAUUACAUGAUCUCGAUAUGCGGGGAUGAUGCGCUCCUGGAGCUCUCAUCACCCGGCAAAAGUGGAAGCUUCUUCUACCUCACCAACGACGACAAGUACAUGAUCAAAACAAUGAAGAAAGCAGAGGUCAAGGUGCUUCUUAGGAUGCUUCCGGCCUAUUAUAAACACGUCCGCAAUUACGACAACACUCUAAUAACAAAGUUCUUUGGCCUGCACUGUGUUAAAAUCACAGGGGGCAUUCAGAAAAAGGUUCGGUUCGUGAUAAUGGGGAACCUUUUCUGCUCUCGCUAUUCAAUCCAUCGGCGUUUUGACUUGAAAGGAUCUUCGCUUGGGCGCAUGACAGACAAGCCCCUUGAUCAGAUUGACGAAACCACCACGCUCAAGGAUCUUGAUCUCAAUUUCAUUUUCCGGUUAGCAGGAUCCUGGUUCCAGGAAUUCUGCAGGCAAGUGGACAGAGAUUGCGAGUUGCUGGAGCAGGAGCGGAUCAUGGAUUACAGUCUUUUGGUCGGCGUUCAUUUCAAGGAUCGGUGCAAAGAUACGUUAAUCAUAAGAUGCUUUACAUUGCAGUUUUCCUUUACUCAUCUUAGGCUGCUCACUUCAUGCCAACUUCUGCAUUGCAUUCAUCUUGAUAUUGGCAAACAUGGACCUCAUUUGUGCAGAAAAGCACAAGAAAAACUAGGCAUUAGCAUGCCCUCAAGGGUGGAGAACAUAGUGAGAAAUCCUGAAAGUGAAUCCCUGCUCAUCGGCGAGCCCACGGGUGAAUUCCAGGAUGUGAUCCUCUUCUUCGGGAUCAUCGACAUCCUGCAAGACUACGAUAUCAGCAAGAAGCUCGAGCAUGCCUACAAAUCCAUGCAGUACGAUCCCAACUCCAUAUCCGCGGUCGACCCGAAGCAGUACUGCAAGCGAUUCCGAGACUUCAUUUUCAGGGCUUUCGCGGAGGAUGUACAGUAGCGACUCCAUUGACAAACAGAAAAUUUAUACUCAAGAGAGCAGACCUUAACAGUUGGCUGGUGAUUCUUCUUUGCCCACCAUCCAGUAUUCUUUUGUAGGUAACAUAAUCGAUUCUUUCGGUUGUAGACGGCAGCACGUUGAUAUCACAGUGAUUUCUUCUUCAUGUAUGUGUUCAUAGAUUUUGUACAUCUACUGAAUCUUCUCUGUACUUAUGUAAUUAGAUGUAGGGUGACUGUAUUCAUGCCUGUUGGUAUGAAAAUCAUGUAGAACAGAGACUAUUGUUUAUGUAACCAUUCCCUACUUGUUUUCU